AGGCUGACGAUGAUGUGCGGCUCGUUUAUCCGCAAAAGGUAGAAGGGGGGUGUGGUGAUAUCGUGUUAGCAUUUGUGCUGUUGUCGUGAUUGGAAACCCGGGAUGCAAGAAGAAAGAAGAAGGCUGUCGGUAUUCCGGUCCGAAAUGGGAACGGAACGGCAGCUGGAGGAGUGAGCGGUGCUGGUAGCAGCAGAGGCUGAGUGAAGAUUAAGUAACCUCUGUGGUUAUCGGAUAUACUCUUCCACUGGUUGGCUGGGAACCAAUACAUACAGACUCCCACGCACUCACAUCCAGACGAAUUCUGUCUCUCCAUCUUUCUCAUCCUCUUCUUUUUCCCCUUCUCGUUAACUCCAUCGCCCAUCUUCUUUGUUUCCCUCUCAGACCACACUUAUACAGUUACACUUAUACCAUACAUACUCUUACACCUAAGCACAAGCACAAACCCAUAUACACACACAGUUGACCGCCCACCAUGCCGUCCAUCGAAGAACACCCCGUGCUUGCACCCUCGCUGCGCCGCUCCCAAACAAUCCUCAACCGCGCCGACGAGGCCGACGACCUCCUCGAAGCCGUCAAAUCCCUCCUGAUCCCCUACAUCCGCGCCGCCGACGAGGCCGCACCACACAAGCAAACCGGCCAAGCAGGCCCUACAAGCACCGUCCUCGUGCAGCCCCUUUCCCCCGCCGAACUCACCCAACGCUACAACUUCUCCCUCCCCUCCCACAAGGGCCGCGGCCGUGACGGUCUUUUGUCUGCUGUUGAAGAUGUCCUCAAGUACAGCGUCAACACCUGGGACCAAGGCUUCAUGGACAAGUUGACUGCCAGCACAAACCCCGUCGGUCUUGUUGCUGAACUUGUCCUCGGCGCCCUCAACACGAACGUCCACGUCUACCACGUUUCACCCGCUCUGACUGUCAUUGAGCGCGAGACGGCACGCAAGCUUGCUGCAUACUUUGGCUUCACUGGUCCAUAUGCGGGCGGUUUCACAUGCCAGGGCGGCAGCGCUUCGAACCUCACAUCGCUCGUUACCGCGCGUAAUGUGCUCUUCCCAGAUACCAAGAUGGGCGGUAUGGGCAACCACCGCUUCGCCAUCUUCACUAGUGUCGACUGCCACUUUUCUAUUGAAAAGGCCGCUGUGGCCUGCGGCUUCGGUGCAGAUGCUGUGCUCCAGGUCCCUGUUGAUGAGCGCGGCUGCAUGAACAGUGUUGUCUUGAGGGAAAUGGUGCUCGAGGCCGCUGCCAAGGGCAUGACGCCGCUCUAUGUCAAUGCUACUGCUGGUACCACUGUUCGCGGCAUGUACGACCCCAUUCGUGAGAUUCGAUCCGUGUGUGACGAGUUUGGUCUCUGGCUGCACGUGGACGGCUCUUGGGGCGGUGCUGUUGUCUUCUCUGCCGCGCACCGACACAAGCUCGAUGGUGUCGAGUUGGCGGAUUCUGUGACUAUUAGCCCGCACAAGAUGCUGAAUGUCCCCAUGACUUGUUCCUUCAUCCUGACCAACGAUCUACGCCGCUUCCAUGCCGCCAACUCACUCCGCGCCGGAUAUCUGUUCCACGAAGCUGAGGACGGCGAUGUCUGGGACUUGGCCGACUUGACGCUGCAGUGCGGCCGUCGUGCCGAUAGCUUCAAGCUGGCCCUCGCAUGGACGUACUUUGGCCCUGCUGGCUUCGAGGCUGAUGUCAACCAUGCCUUUGACAUGGCUGGCCUCUUGACCAACCUGGUCGCCAAGUCGCGCGACUUUGAACUCAUCUCAGAGAACCCACCUUCUUGCUUGCAAGUGUGCUUCUACUACACUCCCGACGGAUUCGCUACCGAUGAUGCCGAGGUCAACACGAGACUUACACGCGAGAUUGCCAAGAGAAUGGUCCCCCGUGGCUUCAUGUUUGACUUUGCGCCGGGCCCUAGAGGUCAGUUCUUCCGAAUCGUCGUCAACUUCCAGACACUUGCCGGAACGGUCGAAGGUUUGGUCAAGGGCAUGCAUGAGGUGGGAAGAGAAAUCAUGGCUGAGGCUGCCCAUGUAUAAGACUUUCUUCUGUCCUAGCGAAUUCGAUGACGGUAUA